AUGCUUCUGCCACUUCCUAUUCCUAUCUACUUACUUCCCCCACUUCCCCUCACGUGCUCAACGUUUCUCCAACCUACAGCUGAACAUCUGCGUCUCCGCCUCCGAAAUUCGCCUGCCCUUCACUGCUUCAUGAUCGAAAAUCACGCGCGUGAUGCUCACACAGUGCAUCCGCAGAAGACGAAGAAGAAGAAGAGCAUCGAGACCAAGGCCACGGACUCGAACGCUGUCACCAGCGGCCAAACGACGUCGUCCACGAUCGACAGGCUCAGCUCCGGCCACCACCUCAGCAGGCUCCGCGGGGCCCACCCCAUCGGCGAUCUGAAUGCUGACGCGGACCGCCACCAGGACAUUCUCUCUUGCUCUCUGGACUGCAGUCUUCACUUCAGUGACCCGGCGCUUGCUUUCUCUCUAGUUUCGACCGGGUUUGUAUUUGUAAGGAGGAGAGGGAGAGAGGGAGAGAGGGAGCGGGGUUUUUAUACAUGGAUGAGGGCGAUGGCAAAAUGGUAA